CCCCAACUGUGUCUUGUUCAUGACACAUGGAGGAGCGUUCAGCCAACAGGAAGCCAUCCAUGCAGGAGUACCAACUGUUGGUAUUGCAUUUUUUUGGAGAUCAGCCCGCCAAUGUCAAGUUUGCAGAGCACCGCGGUAUUGGUGUCAGACUAGCAUUUGACAACAUUUCAGAGGAAUCUAUCUCUACAGCAAUUAACAAGGUUUUGACAAAUCCCAAGUACAAAGAGAAUGCUCAGCGACUAUCUCGGAUAUUUCACGAUAGACCAAUGUCCUCAGCUGACUCAGCAGUGUUCUGGGUGGAGUAUGUGCUGAGGCAUGGAGGAGCUCAUCACCUGAGAUCUGCUGCCACACAACUGUCCUGGUACCAACUGGCUCUCCUGGAUGUCCUGGCAGCUAUCGUGGCUGUCAUUGUCAUCCUGUUUUUGGUCCUGUGGAAGCUUCUGUCUUUAGUCUGUGGUAGGAAAGGACAUAAACAUGUUUCCACAAGUAAGAAGAAAAAACUAAUCAACUUGGGUUAA